AUGCAACUCCCAGCAGCGCCAACAGCCUGUCCAAUUUACACGUAUGUGCAGACAGUAAAUCAAGUCCUGAGAUUUCUUCCCAUCAGCAAUGAGGAGCCUUUCCAUGGCUUGUCCGGCCGAUUCUUAUUCAUGGGAUACGUUGGGCACGCGCAUCAACUCUCACCUAUAUACUGGCCUGAGGAAUAUAUCAAUCUUGCCCGUCCACCUCAUGACAUUCUUCGGAAUGUUGGAUUUUUACUUAUCGUGAACGACAACACGCGGUUUUCGAUCUAUGAGAUAGAGGCAGGUGGCUGCGCUUUCCUCAAUGAUUAUAGGACCAAUUUUUGCGCACCAAACCUACAUGGGAGCGUAUCUCCCAUCUGGUUGCCGGUGUUCAGUUCACCCCAGCAACAUACCCACACGGAUUCCCUCCUCCUGCCCCUCCUGCACCCAUCAAUAUCCCGGCUUGGCAGACUCAUUCCCUCAGUUGUCGCCCUCUCAGGCCGUGUUUUCUCAGACGAUGUUCCACCAAACGCUAGAUUUUGGAUACGAGCCUACUCUCAUAGAACUAACCUCCGUAUUCGUCGCUCAGUGAGGCGCAGCCUCCCCACCCAGAUCUCCUUUGGAGACACACUGCCCGAGGCGAUCCACUCGACAAAAGCCAAAACGCCCGACAAUCCAUUCUUUGUUCCUGCAGCGGUUUCCAGGCGGUUGAUCACGACGAGCUUCUUGAGAGCUCUCCACUUCAACCAAAAAACUUACGACGAGCUAAGUAGUGAGCCUUUGACGAUCAUGAAUGACAAUGGGACCGGGACCGUUGUGGGUUGGUCAUACUUACGCAACCGUUUUCUGGACUUCUACAUCGACGUCACGUCAGAGCUUAGGAAAAUCACACGGGGUAGCACAUCCCCAUUAGCUGGGUUUGCCGUCAACGAGGAUCAGAAGAUGGGGAAGAUUUUCGAUUUGAUUGUUGCAUUCAACUCAGCCGACCGACAACAGGUACAAGAAGCUAUCUGCGUUCUUAUUGGAACACAGGCCUUCAAGGAGGUCCUCUGGGCUGCGUUACUUCGACCCAUCGCCGAGUUGGCGGAAGGUAAUGCGAGAUUAGCGGACCUAUAUCCCGAUGCCAUUCAAACUUGGACGGGUUACCUACGAAAGGGGAUCGUAGGCGUACUGAUCACUCUCAUGUAUCAGGCGUUUACCCUGCAGAUACCAUCUGACUCUGCAAAUUUGAAAGUGCCUGAGUUGCAUCCUAUCAUUAUGGCUGCCCUAGAUGCUAUGUAUAUGGAUCCAGACCGCUUUACCGCCUUCUUCCAGGUGGCGCGUGAGCUGCCUUCACUACAGGAGACGAACGUCUUGGUUAUGGAUCCUAAGAACAAGGUCCCGAAAUACAUGACGGACGAGAUGGGAGUGAGACGGAUGAAGACCCUGAAUGAUCUUGGGCCUAUAGACGUCGUCUUUACCUCUGAUCUGGAAGUCCCUAAUGCGCAAUUUAUAUUUCCAGUGCCUAGCAGCGAGGUGGAGCUUCAUAUCUCGUACUUCACGUCGUCUUAA